UUAGUCUUUACCAUUCCUACUUUUCUACACUCACUCCCACACAACGUACAACAUCCUACAUUAAUUUCUUUGUCUCAUAAUUUUAUUUCUUCCCCAUGAAAUAUCAAAAAUAGUUAAUGUCAACACCAAUACCUUCAAUCCCACACCAAUCUCCCGUUACAACAACCACCUCAAGCGUCGGCCUCGGCUAUGGCAUCGCCAUUGCCGUCAGUAUUCUCGUCCUCAUCUCCACCUUUAUGCUCGCUUCGUACGCAUGUGUCCGUAUCAAAGCUUCCGGUGGCCGUCACCGAGGUAAUCAUCAUCAUGAUGAUCCCAACAACACCAUCAAUAAUAUUGAACCUCCUGUUCAGCCCAGCCCAAUUUUAACUGGGCUUCCUGGCCCAGUUCUUCUGAAGGCGGGCCGAGAUUUGCAGUCCAAGAAAGCAGUACCCUACCCGGAAAUAGUAUUAGGGGAAAGUAAGAGGCUUCCAAAGCCUAAUAAUGGGCCAUGCUCUAUUUGUUUGUCUGAGUAUAAGCCUAAAGAGAUAAUUAGAUGCAUGCCUGAUUGUAAUCAUUGUUUUCAUGUUAAUUGUAUUGAUCAGUGGCUUAAAAUGAACCCUACUUGUCCGCUUUGCCGAAAUUCGCCGGCGCCGUCUGUGGGGCCUACUCCUGCUGCCACUCCUUUGUCUGAGCUUGUGCCUCUUGCAUUUUAUCCUAGAUGAUAAUGGUCUUCAUUCAUUUAAUUUUUUUUAUCUCAAAGAUAUUAUUUUUUUUAUUCAUUUUUUUGGUUUAUUUUAAUUGUUUGUUUAGUCACAAAUUAAAUUAAGUAGUACUGCAAAGAGUGGGAAAUAUUAUUUGUGUGUGGAUUGAAGAUGAGAUAGACAGAUGGAUUCAUCCAUUCCAAUGAGAAAAUUUUCUUCUCAAUGUAAGGUUAAUUAUUUCAAAAAAAUAAAAAAAAUAAAAUAACAAUUUUGUAGGGGAGAUGAAUUAUUAUAACAAUGUAUCGCUUUCUGCAUUGUGAAAUACUUGCUACAUUUCUAUUGUGAAAUACUUGCUACAUUUCUAUUAUGAGUAUUAUUUAUAGUUCAAGCUUAUUUUAUAAAUUGAGGCUAAUGUGUAAGAAAAAUAUAUUCAAAUAGGAUUUUGUUUGAAUCAUAACGUCUAAUUACAUACUUUCUUUAAUAUUAACUUUACGGGUAUAAUUUAAUAUAUAAAUGUAUAAAAUUGAUACUUUAAAUUGCGUAGAAAGUCAAAUGUAGCAAAUAUAAUAGAAGAAAUGAAUCAUGGAUGUAUUUUAACAGUAUUACGUACGUAGUCCUAUCAUUUAUGUUUUGUGUUAUGUGAUGAUGAGUUGGGGAAAGAAAAAGCUGUAACAG